AUGAGAUGGCCGGCCGACUGCACCACCGCCUCCUCCCUCGCCCGCCAUUACCGCUCUCUCUUAAGAUCAUGCGCCCGUCGCUCGUCCCUCCAAGCCGGCCAAACUCUCCACGCCGCCGCCGUCACCGCCGGCCUUCUCUCUCUUCCGCAGCUGUACCUCGCCAACGCCGUCCUCCACAUGUACGCCGCCUGCGGCCAACUUCCCUCCGCCCGCAGAGUCUUCGACCGAAUCCCCAUCUCCCACAAAGACGCCGCCGACUGGACUGCCCUAAUGGACUGCCACGCCCGCGACGGGUCCCCCGCAGACGCCCUCCGCCUGUUCGCCGGCAUGCGGAGGAUUGGGGUUCCGAUAGACGGCGUCGCCAUGGUCUCUCCGUUCAGCACCUGCGCGAAGAUCGGAAACAGCUCGUUCGGGAUUCAAUGCCACGGCUUUAUGGUGAAAUCGGGCCUGGGGUCCGCCGUCAAGGCCCGAAACUCCGCCAUAGAUAUGUACGUCAAAUGCGGCCUCAUGAGCCACGCCAAAUCUCUCUUUACCGAAACGAAUUUGCGGACCAUAGUUUCCUGGACCGUCCUGUUGUGGGGGGUGGCUAAAUGGGAGGGUUUACAGAGUGCAAACAACCUGUUCGAUCAAAUGCCUGAAAGAAACGAAAUCGCUUGGACUAUAAUCAUCGCGAGACACAUCGAAAACGGGCUCACUCGUGAAGCUUUCGGGCUUCUCUCCGAAAUGAUUUUCGGUCUCGGGCUCCAAUUAAAUUCAUCUUCUUCCCUCUGCUCGUUGCUAUCGGCCUGCACGCAAUCGGGAGAUUCCCUUUUCGGAAAAUGGGUACAUUCAUACGCUAUAAAAUCAAAUUUCGAUAUCCCAACCGAAGUAAAACUCGGCACAACCUUACUCGACAUGUACGCGAAAUGUGGCCGAAUUCAAACCGCCGUUCGCGUUUUCAACUCCAUGAAAACAAGAAACAUCGUCACGUGGAAUGCUAUUCUUUCCGGCCUAGCCAUGCACGGAAAAGGCCCCACGGUUUUAUCAAUGUUCGAUAAAAUGUCGAGAGAAGCCAAACCGAACGACAUCACCUUCACGGCCGUUUUAACCGCAUGUAGCCAUUCCGGACUUGUAGAAACGGGCCGUGAAUUUUUCCGGGCCCUCGAAAAGCCCACGAUGGAAAACUACGCGUGUUUUGUCGAUCUCUUGGCGCGUUCGGGAAAUUUAGCCGAGGCCGAGAGUAUAAUACGAGAAAUGCCGAUGAAGCCGAACGAGGUUGUGUUGGGGGCACUAUUAUCGGCAAGUAGUGCUCAAAAUCAACACGAACUCGUGCAAGAAUUGGCCCAAGUGCAUCCGGAAAACACUGAUCACCACGUGUUGGUAGCAAACAUGUAUGCUCGAUCGGGAGAUUUGGGUCGAGCUAAUUUUUUCCGAAAGGACCUUCGAGAAAGGGGAAUUCGAAAAGUGCCCGGGAUAAGCACGAUUUAUAUAAAUGGGCAAGCACACCAUUUUAGCGCGGGGGAUAAAUUACAUUCGCGGAUAAACGAGAUAUAUUCGAUGCUUGACGAGAUGAUUAUGGAGUUGAAAUUGGCGGGGUAUGUGCCCGAUCCUACGGCCCAGAUUUUAUCGGGUUCGGGUGAGGAAAGGGAAUUAGCGGUUUUGUUUCACGGGGAGAAGUUGGCUUUGUGUUUCGGUUUGAUGAGCACGAAAGCUGGGCGCCGGCUGUAUAUUUUCAAGAACUUGAGGAUUUGCAGGGAUUGUCACUCGGCAAUGAAGGUGGCGUCGAGAGUGUACGUACGGGAGAUUGUUGUUAGGGAUCGGAAUCGGUUUCACUCGUUUAAGGAUGGUGUUUGUUCUUGUUCUGAUUAUUGGUGA